UUAUGUGUGUGAAGGGAAACAACAUCACAGUUAGCCAGGAAAGUAAUGGUCGGUAAAGUUAACGGAAUACAGCCGUAUUGUUUUCCGGGUUUUCGUCGGAGAAGACAACAACUAAAAGGAUAAACGUUUAUUUCGUGUUCGGCGAGGAUGUCUGUCCCGGGCCCGGCAGGAGACGGAUGAAGAUGACACAACUGUUGUUGUGGCGAAUUGUGUCAGUGUCGCUAUGUGUAGCUGUGGUCUGUUGGUACUGUCGUCAUGAAGUCAGCUGCCUGGAGCUCCAUCCAGAGGUUCAAACACCUGAGACUUCCCAGGAUGUCCCCUCAGAGGAUGAGUCAGCGGAAACUAUUCCUCUUCAGAAGGGUUUGGAUGCAGUAAAAGUUGCUCCAGAAGCAGAACUGGAGGCAGACCACGGAUCUGAGCAGACCUCUGAGAACUGUGAACAUCCAGACUGUGCUGCCCCGCCUCCUUCCACUGACUCCGUUUCUGCUCCGAACAGAGAGGAGCCCAGCAUCCCGGACCCUCACAAGGACAUUCCAACAAGUGAUUUAGGUGAUGCAGAUGAUGUAGCUGCUUCUGAAGCCACUGACUUUGACUGUGUGGAAGAAGCAAACAACCCAUAUGACAAAACCAGCCCUCCACCGUUUCUGGAGAACACUUUCAGCGCUCACACUGCAGGUACUAAAACUCUCACAGACCCCCCUCUGAGCCCCCCAGCUGUUCACAGCACUAAACAUCUGGAAGCCAACACUUCACACAAGCAGGACCCGGGUUCCCCCGUCACCGCAGACACGGAUCCCCCUGUGGGCAGCAAAGACCCCGAGGACAUCCCCACUUUUGAUGAGUGGAAGCGGAAAAUGAUGGAAGUGGAGAAAGAGAAGACAGCUCAGUCCACUCACCCCUCCAGCAACGGUGCUUCUCAUACUGUGAAGAAAGUCCAGAAGAACUUUAAUAAUUAUGCCUCAGUAGAGUGUGGAGCCAAGAUACUUGGUGCCAACCCAGAAGCUAAAAGCACCUCGGCCAUAUUAAAGGAGAACAUGGACAUGUACAUGCUAAACCCAUGUAGCACUAAAAUCUGGUUUAUUAUUGAGCUCUGUGAGCCCAUCCAGGUGAAGCAGUUGGACAUUGCUAAUUUUGAGCUUUUCUCUUCCACCCCGAAAGACUUUCUUGUCUCCAUCAGUGAUCGAUACCCAACAAAUAAGUGGCUAAAACUGGGAACAUUUCAUGCCAGGGAUGAACGCACAGUCCAGAGCUUCCCUUUAGAUGAACAGCUUUAUGCCAAAUAUGUGAAGAUGUUCACCAAGUACAUAAAGGUGGAGCUGCUCUCACAUUUUGGUUCUGAACAUUUCUGUCCUCUUAGUCUCUUAAGAGUAUUUGGUACCAGUAUGAUGGCAGAAUACGAGGAGUUUGCUGAUCCUUCAGAGAGACCGGAUGAUCAGGAUGAUGACUUAGAUUAUCCCCCUGGAGUUUCAUCUGGAGAAUCCAAGAAUCUGAUUGGCUCAGCAAAAGAUGUAAUUUUAAACAUGGUCAACAAUAUUGCAGUCAAUGUCCUCGGGGGAAACUCAGGCAACCUCUCAUCUCAAGAAGUGAACAUUACUGAUCCUUCACAACAACCUGAAAGCACCACUAAGACCAUCACUACUGACCUCACUGCAGUUCCGGACUCUGAGGAGGUGCAGGUCUCCUCUUCAGCUGAAACAGCCGAGUCAGAAACACCAACUGAUAAAUGUGAAGAAGAGCUCCCCCCGGUGGAGGUGAAGGAGAAAGUCGCUGCCCCGCUAGAGAAGGAUGAAGAAGAGCCAAUCAGCUCGACAAUCAUUCUCCUUGGCAGAGACGAGGUGGAGGAAGGCAAAGAAACAAAGAAUCAAGAAAAGCUGACAUGCUGUCCUCCAUGUUGCUCUUCCUGCUCGUGUGCGUCUUCCUUCCAGGAGUUUGUUCUGCAGCAGUGCUCAGCCUCACUGGUUAAACAGAGGUCGUGCCAAACGGACAGAAAGCCAAACAUUCCUUCCAUCCCGACACCCAGUGGGCACCUAGCCCCGCCCCCCUCCUCCUCCUCCUCCCCCCAGCCACACGGCACUGAGGUGACCCCAGCAGAAACAGAACAAGCCUCUGAGCAGGAGCCAGAGAGGGAAGCAGCCCAGUCUUCAGACAAAUCUGUACCUGAGCCCACCGUGCUGGAGCCCAGUCAGAGCUCCAACCUUCCCAGUCCCAGUCUCACAGAACCCUCCAUCAAACCCACCCCGGAUGUGGAAACACCAAAGCUGUCUUUUCAGGAACCGGCAAAGGAGUCGGAGCCAGAGAAGAGCCAGGAUGGGUCCGCUGCAGAGCAGCAUGUGGAGCCGUCGGCCCCCCUCAGCACUUCUGCUCAUGUGAAACCCACCAGCGUCUCAGUAGAAGAAGCAGCACCCACAGAGCAAAAGCCUGAGGUUGAUGCCUCUGAAAAAGAAACAAAUAUCCCCGUCCAGACCCAGGAGAAGACGUCCCAGGCUCCAGUUGUGUCCUCUGCCUCACUGCCUGCUGUAGAUCAGGUGGACCCAGCGGUGGGGCCUGACACAGCUCCCACUGACGAGCCCUCCUCUGUGACAGAGCCUGUCCCAGAGCCUGUGGAGCAGGCCGAAGACGUGUCCAGCUCUGCAGCCGGCAGCGCUCAGUCAGUUCAUCCCUCUCCUCCGACUGCCUCAGCAUCCCUGUCAGACAUCUACGCAGAGCCCUUCAACAGCACGGAGCAGAACGGCAACCUGCUGCACGGCUCCAAUCAGAAAGAGUCCGUCUUCAUGAGGCUCAACAACCGCAUCAAGGCUCUGGAGGUGAACAUGUCGCUCAGCGGGCGUUACCUGGAGCAGCUCAGCCAGAGGUAUCGGAAGCAGAUGGAGGAGAUGCAAAGAGCUUUCAACAAAACCAUUAUUAAACUCCAGAACACAUCCAGACUAGCAGAGGAGCAGGACCUGCGUCAGACUGAAUCCAUUCAGCUGCUGCAGGGCCAGUUAGAGAAUGUGACUCACCUUGUUCUCAACUUGUCUGUCAGAGUCAGCCAGCUGCAGAGUGAGGUUUCAGACAGGCAGAACUACCUGCUGCUGUCUCUCCUGUUGUGUUUGAGUCUCGGGCUUUUCCUGUGUUUCAACCACUGCCGCAUCACUUUUCCUUCAAGCUCAGAACCAGAACCACCCGGCCCCAAGAGGUACACCUACUGCAACCCAGACAGCAGGCGGCUGUCUUCUUAUGAUGAGAUGUGUCUGAAAAGGAGUGCUUCAUAUCCACUCAUCUACUCUGAGUCUGUGCAGUUAGCCUCCACUGAAGGUCCAGAAAGGCUUCAUGCAGAGGAGACCCAGAGUCUUUCUCCUGCAAACAGAAAGCGGAGACGUCGUAAAAUGAAAGCUCUGGAUAAAGUCGAGACGCUGAAACCUUCGCUCCAAGCUGCUCCCAAGCUGUGCAACGGAUCUGCCGGACGUCCCGCUGCACCCUUCGCAGCAAAACAGCUCCUCCUGCCCGCCUUCAGAGACUCGCCAUCAGAGGGCAGCUCAGAAGCAUCCUCUCACUCUGACGAGCCCUCCUUCUGCGGCAUCACCGCACCCUGCUCUCGCGUCUGCCACGGCCUCUCUCCACCAAAAAGCCGUGCAGAGAAACGGGCACCAAGACGCAGGCGUCCCAAGCCCGGCUGCACAGUGGUGGACCUGCUCCACGCUCCUCACAGGGACAAAACCCAACGUUUGCCCAUCACCAUCCAGGACAUUCUAAACCCAAAAACUGAGCAGAGCUCCGGUGCAAACUGUGACACUCACAGGUCCUGGCUCAUUUAAAACAACAACAACAAAAAAAAACUCCUCUUCCUCUCAUGGACUGCUGAAAUCUUUGCAACAAAAAAUGCUUCGGGCAGCUACAAGCUUCAAAACAAUCAGUUUGUUUUAAUAAUCUAAUGUGGUUUAUGUUCUCUCAUCUUCUAAUGUUAACAUUUUAAAUCAAGUCAAAAUGUUUUCCAUUAAAAAGAAUUGUGUA